GAAACUAACAUGGCGUCACGUUUUACAAAGUUCUGUGUGAAUAAUUUUUACCUUCAAUCCUCUCCAUGGAACGCUGUUAGACGUUUAAGGUCACAAAUUUUGAUUCGAGGCUUGUCCACAGAUUCUGAUUUUAAGUAUGAUAGGCUCGUAGUUGAACCAACCAAGUCUCCAAAAUCCAAAUCAGACUAUAAUACAUUAGUCUUUGGCGCUGAGUUUACAGAUCACAUGCUUAGUAUUGAAUGGACUGCAGAGAAUGGCUGGGCUGAUCCAAAAAUUAAACCAUACCAAAAUUUGUCAUUACCUCCAUCCUGCUCUGUCUUUCACUAUGCACUAGAGUCUCCAACACCUCCAGGCCAGGCUCUGACAAAAGAAGGAUCAGCUAGCAGUGCAACUGGACUGAAUGUCCCUGUCUUGAAGUAUGGUCCAACAGGAGACAAGAUGACAUACAGCAGGGCUGAGGACGAAAACAACAUAUUUGUACAUUCUAGUAUACUUUUUGUAACUAAGUUUGUAUUUCCUCUUUUCUCACAGGGAGAAUUCAAAGUUGUAGAAAAGGAAUUUAAUAUGGACGAUGUUAUACAAGCUUCACAAGAAAAUAGGAUAAUGGAAAUGUUUGGAGCAGGAACAGCUUGUGUGGUGUGUCCAGUGAACAGAAUUCUUUACGAGGGACAGAAUAUCAUGAUUCCCACCAUGGAAAACUUGGAAGUCACUAAGAGAUUUUACGACGAACUAACUGCGAUACAGUAUGGUCGCAAUCCUUCUCCUUGGAGCGAAUUUGUGGAUUAAAUACUGAAAAAUUAGCGGGCGCUAGCGGGUGCGUGGCCAGUAAAAGUUGAUCUCCUUGCGCGUGCCUUACGUUUGACCUCUGCGAUGCAGUUUUUUCAAGUGCGCUUUCCCGCGCUUGACACUGAUACGUGAACGGAAAUUAAAUAGCUAGACUCUUUUUUUCUCGUUUUGCUGUAGCUCAGAAGUGCUUCAAGAAAAAUACGUUUUAAUGAACUGGUCAAGCGAGAACUCUUAACUUUUUUCAUGAAAAAUACAAGCACUAUCGGGUCGCCAUUGCAUUCAAAUUGAAUCUUUCAGUCGUGCUCUGAAGCAUGAUUGCUGGAAAGACCUUCUUUCAGAGGCUGAAACCUCGUUUAAAUGUCACAGGGUGUAUCUGUGAUUUUAGAUUGCAGGUAAUAAUUUCAGAGAGAUCUUACUACUUAUUUGAGCUGACGAGCAAAUUUAAGUUAUUAAGGCUUUUGGUUUGCUUAAAGCAACGUGGGAUAAAAUAUUUUUUGCUAAGGUGGAGUGCGAUGGGAUUGUUAAACCACAUCGUAAUGUUUUUAUUAUUUUAUCAUUUUUCGACAAGGAAGUCGUAAUUUUUUAACUUAUAUAGGUUUAAAGAAACAGUGUACACCUUAUUUAGAGGUGAAAACAGG